UGUAGCAGCUGCUUCAGUUAGGGUGGACAGUGGUGCGGGAGAUCAGCUUAACGACUGUACAGCCCUCAGUUUCCCCUCAUCAUAUUGACAAGUCGGGAUGGCCUUUAUGGAACCCUUCCGAAUCAAAAUGGUAGCUCAUUUAGCUGAUAUUACUAAAGAAGAGCGGGUUGAAGCAUUGCACAGAAGACACUAUAACCCUCUGCAGUUAAGCGAUCAUGAAAUCAACUUUGACCUGUGGACGGAUUCCGGUGCAGCCGCCAUGAGUCACGAGCAAUGGGCUGCAAUGUUACAAGCGCACGAAGGCUCUAUAAACCCCGACAGUUUUGACAAAUUUGAAGACACCAUCCGAUCUAUCACAGGUUUCCCUUACGUGUUCCCUGUGCAUCAAGGACGGGCUGCUGAACACUUACUCUUCUCCAUGUACUCCAAACCCGGACUAGCAAUCUUCAGCAACACGAUGUAUAGCACAGGUAAAACCCUCGCCCACAUGUUAGGGGCUUUGCAAAAGGAUCUUCCAUGCAAACGUAUCAGUGGUGAGUGUUUUAAUGGCAACAUCGACUGUGAGAGACUCGAACAAGAAUUAUCUGAGUCAGGCAAUGCUAUUGUUGUCCUGACCGUCACGAGCAAUCACCAAGCAGGGCAGCCAGUAUCCAUGGUAAACAUCAAACGUACUUCGGAGAUCUGCAAAAGGUACCGAAUCCCUCUGUUUAUGGAUGGGUGUCGCUUCGAGGAAAAUGCGUAUUUCAUUAAAAUUAGAGAGAAAUCCUAUGGCGAUAUGUCAGCCAGGGCCAUAGCACUUGAGAUGUGUUCCUACUUUGAUGGCAUGUACCUUUCAGCUAAAAGGACGCCAUGUGCAGACCUGGAGGCUGUCGCAAUAGGCCUGACAGAAGGGAUUGAAGACCGCUACUUGAAGUACAGAAUUGACAGUUUGUCCAUGUUUGGUGACAUCUUGAAGAGAGCCGGUGUCCCAAUAGUUGAGCCAGUAGGAAGCGCCAUCUACAUCAACGCUGCUAGAUGUUUGCCGCACAUUCUCACAGAGCAGUAUCCGGCGUGGGCCCUGCACUGUGCCCUGUACAUAGAGGGCGGUAUACGAUGCAACUAUCUGGAUGAUGCCCUGAAGUUUGAUGACAGCAACGAACGAGAGAAUCCUCAACCUCACCACUUCCUGAGAAUAUGUCUCCCAAGACGAGCCUAUACUUUGUCUCACAUGCUUCACAUCGGUGAGGUAUUUGAACGGUUGAUGGCUAAACGAGAACGCAUAUGUGGAAUACGCAUUGUACAGCGUCGCAUAGGCAUGUGUAAAGUUUUAUUGGAGCCUGUUAAUACAUCUUUGAUUGAUAUGGAUUAAUUAUUUGCAUAAAAUAAAACCUUUAUAGGCCACCGCAUGAUCCAAUUGUUAUUAUUUUGGGGCUUGGCUUUUCUCGAAAUUCGAACACCUCGGUAGACAUUCUAUAAUAACGUAGGUGAUAUUCAAUACAAAAGUGUCACAACUGUUAAUAUUUUAUAUCUUUAAUCAGAAAAAGAGUUUAACAGUGUCACGGGGACAUCUGACGGAGAUUUAUAUUAGUCGUUGAGAGUCAGAUGACCACAGAUUAUAUCAGAUGAUUGCCCAAAGCCCCCAACUGUCCAUCACGUCAUUUAACAUGAAAAGUCAAACUCAAUAUAUCGCCUGAAUCCGCCACAGUUCUCAAGACAAUCCCGGAUUCUACGAGGCACACAUCAAACGUCCAAUAUCAACUUUGUCUGGAUAUCCCAGACAUGUUCGAUGGCUGACAGGCCUGGACUGAGUGCUGGCCAUGGUAAGGUGGUUAUGUUCUCCUGUUGAAGGUACUCACUGGCCAUGGGUGCUCUUGUCCUGAAACGACGACCAGCACAAACACGAGUGCUUCCAGGAUGUUGUCACGAUGGUUGGAAACCAUGAAAGGUGUUCUGCCAUUCAGAUAAAUCCCACCCCAAACCAUUAUAGAGCCACCAAAAGAAGUAACGUUCUGUCCAUUCCGUCUACGCUACAUUAUGCUGUGCCUUUCAAGGAAGUCCAACGAAAACCUUGAUAUAUACGAGAGCCAAAGACGAUUGGUACAUUGCUGCCGCUCUUGACACGACGCCUGACAGUAAUGUGACGGUCGGACAAUGCUGGGAUAACACGUGGACGUCGGGUGGGUUCCAUCUGUGUAGCCGAUUACGAGUCGUCUGUCCACGCACUCUAACACCUGUAGCAAAGUAAAGCUCACCUUACCAGUUUUGUUUCCAAAUAAUACGACCCCAGAAUGACUAAAUAAUAUGACUCCCGAUAUUGUUGCUGUAUACCCGAUGACAAAGGGAUUCUUCUCUCUACAAGACAACAAUGAUCAUAGGUCCGAAUGAGGUAUAUAGAUCUGUCAUAUCCCAACACACUUACAUAGGGUUUACAUAUUUUCACUCAUUAUCUGCAACACUUUGAAAAUUUAUGGACAGGGCUAUAUGCAGAUGCUUGCUUUUUUCGUAAUCCUCAUUUUGUACCACUCAAGCACUUUGGAACUUUAAUAAAGAGGUUCAUCAUG